GGUAGAUUGCCAGAGAGGAGCUUUUGGAAGCGCUUCCAGUUCUGUAGGCUCUCAAACCUGUUGAACAACGGACUGCAUUGCGGAAGCAGACUUCUGCAUUCAGAGUCCGUUUUGGAUCUCCCAAAGGGAAGGCGCAACGAGUAGCAAUCAUAGAAGCGGAUGAGAGAGCAGGAAGCAAUGGUGCUGGGCUGAGGAGACGGGCAAUAGAGCAGGUUGUCUUCGCUACCUGUUUGCCAGCCAGCGCCGCGGUGGUCACUUCAACCAGCUCUCAGCAAUGGCUGCCCUGCGUGCCCUUGCGAGCGGGGCAGGUUCCGCUUCAUUCGAUGAGGCUCGGGUCAAGAGCGUAGAGUUUUUCAGGGUCGUCUGUCGGUCACUGCCAAACUUGGUGGAGCUCUAUAACCUGCACGAUGUCACGACAGUUGCGGAGCUAAGAAGCAGGGCUGCACAGUUAUUCCGGAGGCACGCUGGCGUCACGAAUGCAAAGGUGGUUGACAUGCUAUUGUAUAAAGGGCAAGAGGAGCUGACCAACUUGGAGACCAUGUCAAAGCAACGGCAUCACAUUCUUUCACAGUACAUUGUUGGGCCAAAUUUGUCCAUCCAAGCGAAUCAAGUUGGGAUCAGAAAGAAGGAAGGGGAGACGGAGUUCCUUCAGAGGUUUUAUCUCACCAACUUAUGAGAAACACAUCACUAUCGUGUCCAACUUUGGCUGCAUGUGCUAUUUUAGUACAUUUGAAGAUCAUGCAUCUCGUCGAUGGACCAGUUUUCGAGGAUGCCUAAAUCCCGCGCCCUUGGCCUACUUAGGAGUGGCAUAUUAAAUUCUAGAGGGCACAAAUCUCAGAGCGAAGCCUUCGUGAAGCAAUAUCAUACUGAGCUUCCGGCCUGCAAGAAUACGUGAUGAUUGUCCAUGGGAAAAGCAACAAGUCAUUCUCUCACUUCCAACGGGAGUGCCGUCGAACUUGUGCGAUUACAAUAGAUACAUCAGAAUCACAUUCAAG